CCCCCCCCGGCCCCCCUCCCUUCCCCGUCCGGGGGCUCGCGAGCUCCGGCGCCCCGCCCACCCCAAGGCAGCUCAGCCUUGCGGCCCCGGCGCAACACCGGCCACCGCAGAUCGUCGAUCGCUGCGGCUGGGAAGGAGGGUGUUCGCGGUGCAGCGCGGCUGGCAUCUGCGGCUGCCCGGUGGGCCCUCCGCACCGACUGCCCCCGCGCGCGUUUCUCGGUCCGUCGAUCGGUGGGUCUGCACAGGUUGCUAGAAGCCCCUGGCUCCCGGCACCCUCUGGGAGGCGACACCAGACCGAUGGCGGCUCUGUCGGCGGCGGCGGCGGCGGCGGCCCUGUCGGCCGUGGGGGUGCGGCUGUCGCGCUCGGCGGCGGCCCGCGGCUCGUACGGCGCCUUCUGCAAGGGGCUGACGCGCACGCUGAUCACCUUCUUCGACCUGGCCUGGCGGCUGCGCACCAACUUCCCCUACUUCUACGUGGUGGCCUCCGUGAUCCUCAACGUCCGCCUGCAGGUACACAUUUAGGGCAACUGGCUUUGUGGCCUUCGGGGGUCCCGGAAGGAUGGCUGGCUUCCAUCCCCGGCUCCCCCGCUCUGGAGCACAGCGGCCAGUAGGGUCGCGCGGCGGACUCGCCCGGCUGCCUUCCCACCGCCUUAUCUUUCCCUGUCAAUGGGCGGCUAGAAAUCAUCGUUUGCAGAAAGCCUAUAGCAUAACCAAAAAAGCCGAAGAUAGAAUGAAAGGGUGAUUCUCUAGGAAAUAGUUCAAGGAGCAGGAAAGAACUUUAAACUCUGAAAAUCCUCAGAAAUACUUGCGACGUUCUUGCAACCGUAAAACCCCAAACAGCGCGAACGAGAGGAAAGCGACGGUGGUCCCAGGAUGCCCGGGGGCGGGGUGUGUGUGUGUGUGGGGGGUAACAAGAGGAAAGAUUGCUAAGGACCGAGAGGUAAACUAACUGUGUAACAACGGUCCAAUUUGGAAAGCAAAUCUCCCAAAAUGGAAUAAGAUGUGAACAGACUUCCAGCUGAAUGGAAUGAAUUCCAAGCCGUUAGAUGGAUUGAGAUGGACGCUGGAGGGAAUUAAUAACUUGAUGGAAGACAUGUCUUCAUCCCCCAAACCGAGUCAAUGGCGAACAGAAGCUACAGGGCAAAACAAACAUUUCAGACUGUGCAAGGAAAGCAGGCUUCGAAAGGGAAGCAACCUCAGACGCGGCCGGGUUUUGAACAGCUGCCAGGAGUGGGAGAAAGGGAAUCAGCUCGAUCACGGAUGGGCACGUGCGGCGCUCGCAGAGACAAGUCAUCCGGUGCAGCUCAGCUCUGCAGUGAACCGUAUUUGAAUAAUCAUUCCGAUGGAAACAGAAGUUAUGGUUUUCCGUCUUUAGACCAAAUCUGUCAGCUAAGCUGGGAAGACUUCACGACGGUGGUAAGACCGGAUAGGAAGGUUAGCCUCUCUUGGACAGUUGGGCAGACAGGAGGAAAUGGAGCGGUGGCGUUAUUCUCACGAAGCAGGAAGUCCAGAUGGUCUCUAGUUCAAAGAAUAAAGCAGGUUUAGGGAUCCUAUUAUUAAAGCAAACAAGGUAGCCAACAGGAGAUUUAAAAAUAAUGAUUCAGCCAUAGUGAAGGGUGGAGGGGAUAUUGGGAAAGCAGGAAGUUAGAAUUCCUUCUGUUACCAAGUCAAAAAAGUAGUAAUAAAAGCAUAUUCUUAAGAAAGGAGGUAACCACUAAACAGGUGUAAAUGUUUUUGCCUCUGGCUUGGGGAACUGCAUUGAGCAGGAUGGGCAGGGAUUUACUACUUUUCAUUAUAUGCCUUUUUUUCACUCUUGGAUUUUUUGCAAACUAUGUAUGUAUUGCUUUGAUUAAAAAUUAAAAGUUCUUAAAAACUGAA